UCAUACGGUUGUGGCUCGUGUGCCGGUGCGAACGAAUGACGACCAUGCGAGCACACGCGUGCUCUCAUCGCGCUCCGUCUUCGUGAAUGAAUUUUUACCGCAUUUCUCAUCGCGAGAGCGAGUGGUGUGUUUGUGCAUGUGGCCGACGCAACGUCACCUGUCAUCGGCAUCUUUCGCCGCGCGCUGGAUGACGACCGCCGAUCUGCCACCGGAACAGAAUCUCCCCGGAGAUUCCGAAACAGAAGCUGCGCCCGGAAUAGUUCAUCGUGCCGGGCGAGCCGCGCGACGACUGCACUAUAUUUCGUGAAAAUGAAGGGCAAGACAAUGCGUCAUUCUUCUUCAUCGAGGAAUUUCUGGAUAGCACCUCGCUUAUGCGUAUUACACGGUGACAAUUCGAUCGAAAUAUGUGUAAUCAAUAUGCCAGACACUCUGUCAUCUACAAUAGACAUCUGCGCUAUCAUCGUGUCUGACAAACAGUAACGCGCAACAUGAUAAUUAGACGAUAUUCAUGCACAUAUAUUUGCGUAUCGUUUAGCGAAAUUGGACGAUCUCCUAGGAAUAAUGAAAGGAAAAGUACACGACUCGACCAUACAAGGUUUCGCGAAGCAGUACUCCGGCUAUACAUUAUAUACCAGGAAAAAGUCGGGAGGAACGACAGUUGUUGGAGGGUCGAGAUCGAGUCGUGGGAUUUUAUUGAGAACUCUCGUGUUCGUCUUCCUGGCUACGUUCCUCUGGCUUCAGCUCCACGUGAUCAGUUUGACGGGUCGAAAUGACGGUGGUCAAUCAUCAUCGAACGAGACCCUUUUCUCCCUCGUGCCUCAAGAGUUGCACAGAUUUCUUAAGGAGGGCCGUAAUUCGUCCGCGAGCUUGACAAAUGCCAGUUCGGGAACGCUCACGGAGUUGGAGAUCGCGGAAAUCCGGCGUAAGAUCGAAAGGGCGAAUGCGGAGCAAAAAAUGUACAAUGAGGAGGCGUUCGGGCCGUUGGCGAGCGAUGCUCCGAUUAUAGUUAUCCAAGUACACACGCGACUCACUUAUCUGCGGCACCUUAUCGUGUCGCUGGCACAAGCGAAGGACAUCGAGCAGGCCCUUCUCGUGUUUAGCCACGACAUCUGGCAUCCGGAUAUCAAUUACCUUGUGCAGAGCGUUGAUUUCUGUCGGGUCAUGCAGAUCUUCUAUCCGCACAGUAUACAGACUCAUCCGCGCACGUUUCCCGGCGAAGGGCCCAACGAUUGUCCCCGAAAUAUUCGCAAGGAACAGGCUUUAAAUUUAAAAUGCACCAACGCCAAGCACCCGGAUUUGUACGGCCACUACAGAGAAGCUAAAUUUACGCAGACGAAGCAUCAUUGGUGGUGGAAAGCGAACAGAGUGUUCGAUCAAUUGUUAAUAACGAGAAAUCACACCGGAAUGGUGCUCUUCCUCGAGGAGGAUCACUACGUCGCCGAAGAUUUCCUGCACGUUCUCCGACUCAUGGAACGCACUUGCAAGCUCAAUUGCGAGAAGUGCAACGUUCUAUCGUUGGGUACAUAUUUAAAGACGUACAACUAUUUUACGGAUUUUAGUCGUAAGUUCCUCGGCGUCGAUAGCGCUCUGCAGAAGGAGCUGCUGCGCGGGCUUAAGCGACAGGAGGCGCCGGCGACGAUGCAAAGGCAGCUGAUCGGCGGCAUCGUCACCGUCGGCGGCGGCGGUGGUGACGGCGUUAACAACGCCGGUACUAACGCCGCCGGCAUCGGUAACGGAAGCACCGGGGGCAGAAAUGGCGGCGGCGGCGGCAACGGCGGCGGCGGCAGCGGCAUCAGUGGCAACGCUGCCGGUGGUAGCGGCGUGUCCUCCACCUACUAUCAGAACGCGAACACGGUGCAAGCGGCACCCGCGUGGACCUUCCAACUCCUGCCCAGCCUCUACAACCACUAUCAGAAGGCGGAAGUGACACCGUGGAUAUCCAGCAAGCAUAACAUGGGCAUGGCGUUCAAUCGCGUUACGUGGAACAAGCUGCGAAAAUGCGCCGCACAAUUUUGCUCGUACGACGACUACAAUUGGGAUUGGAGUUUGCAAUACAUCGCGCAAACUUGUUUGCCGCCGAGUAAGGGCGCCGGAAUAACGCCUCGCACCGAGUCUGGACUGAUUACAAUGACGAUGAGAGCUCCGAGAGUCUUCCAUAUCGGGGAAUGCGGAGUGCACCAUAAGAAAAACAACUGUGAAUCAACGGCGGUAAUAGCGAAGGUUCAAAACGUCUUGAAAUCGGCGCGCAGCCACUUAUUCCCUUCGCAGUUAACGUUAACGAUCGCCGGGACGGCAAAGAAGACGAAACUCCGGAAGGGCAACGGUGGCUGGGGAGAUGUUCGAGACCAUCAACUCUGCUGGAACAUAACGGAACAUCCAGAUCUAACCCUACCUUGAGAACUGCAAGCCUUCGCGUUGACGACAAUUGGUUUUAAUAUGAUGUUAAAUCGUGAUGGAUUCAUCGAUUAUCAGACGAUUGUUCGUUUACAUAUCGUGGAUAUUCGAGGACACUAAGAAUCUCCGUCGUUCUACGAAUCGGUUUUGAAUCGCAAUAAACGUAUUAUUAUCGCUGCCAACCACGAUCGCAAGACGAAGAUGAUUUGUAAAGCCGCUGUCACUGCCGCGGAUGGAGGAUUUCUUCUGCGAAUAGAAGCACGUGGACGAAAUGAGAGAAAAUAUCCUCAGCUGAUUCGACAGUGAGCUCAAAUCGGUGCUAUUCUAAAAAUGCAGUGCUUGCGGUAUAUUUCAUUUUUCGAUUUACCGAAUUGCGCGUCCAUCAUAUACCGACGCAAAACGAUGAAAAUAAUGAAAACUAUUUAUUUGCAGGUGCAUUAGUAAAAAAAAACAUAGGAUUUGCGCGUAAACGUACGUUUGAUUAGAACCGCGUUAAGGAAGUAUCGCGAAAAGUAUGUUAAAGGUAUAAAAAGGAAAAUUUUACUCAUUCAACAUUGCGCUGUCCAUAAAAAUAAGGUGAUAACAAUAUUGGUAAUAAAAGUAUCUUUAACUUCUCCAACAGCGUCGCUUACAAAACACGUACUCGCUGGAAGGAAAAGUAAUCUCGCUGGCUGUGCGGGAAUACAGUAGACAAGUGUUUGGUCUAAAGCUUAAUUAUAUAUCAGUAUUCUAAAGGCCUACGCGACAUGAAACAACAUGUACGUAUUUAAUUCUCAUGUCGCCGAUACUGAUAACGAUGACGAAGACGCGGACAACCAUGCUGCAAGGUCGCGAAACAAAGGCGAUAUAUAGAGGAAGACAAGGCUGUACUUUGUACUUUGUAAUUUCGCGAUGGAAUUAACAUUUCUGCUUCCCGAUUAGCUUUUAUGUGCUCUUUUUAAGGUUUAACGCGAUAACGGCGUUAAUCAGGAUCAUAAUCUCAAUCGUGAAAUGCGCUCAUUAUUCUAGUCAAUGUGUAUGAUGUAAUGCUAAAGCUGCAGGUAUUUAAUAAUCGGUCGUAAAAAGUAAGCUCGUAAAAUUAAGGAUUCACACCUAUUAUUAGUGAUACGCCAUCGAAGGCGCUAUAAUGUCAUGUAACGACCUCGGGGAUACGAACGUAAUGAAUGUCAUGUACCUUUUAUAUUUAUAAUAAUAAAACAACAGCGA